AUGAAUAAGAGAAGAUUCAGUAUUAAAGGGAGGUUGCAUAAGAUGCUCAAGUGUAUGCGUUCAGGGGAGCAAUUAAGGGUAGAUGAAAUUGCUCAUUCAUCUGACUCCCUGGCAACUCGGGACUAUUCAGCUAGUGGUGGCUACUCCGGUCGAGCAGGUGAGAUUGAAACAAAGGUGGAUAAUAGCAAUAUUGAAGAAGCUGAGUCUUCUUUGCGUGAGAGUGGUUAUCUCAACUAUGAGGAAGCAAGAGCUCUAUUAGGAAGGCUUGAGUAUCAAAAAGGUAACACAGAAGCUGCUCUUCAUGUAUUUGAAGGAAUAGACAUUGCUGCUGUGAUUCCCAAGAUGAAAGUCUCCAUUUCUAGAAGAUGCGAGCCCAACAGACGUCGAUCUCAAAGUGAUGCUGUCCCACCCAUGUCUAUGCAUGCUGUUAGUUUACUCCUUGAAGCUAUUUUUCUUAAAGCAAAGUCAUUACAGGGUCUUGGACGGUUUGGAGAAGCUGCUCAAUCAUGCAAACUUAUUUUGGAUACUGUGGAAUCUGCAUUACCAGAAGGCUUGCCUGAAAACUUUGCUUCUGAUUGUAAAUUGCAAGAGACUGUAGGCAAAGCGGUUGAGUUACUUCCAGAGUUGUGGAUACUUGCUGGGGCUCCCCAGGAGGCUAUCUUAUCAUACCGGCAGGCUCUCCUCUAUCAUUGGAAUCUUGACAUUGAAGUUACUUCAAAGAUAGAAAAAGAAUUUGCAGUUUUUCUUCUGUACAGUGGUUGUGAUGCAAACCCUCCAAAUCUACGUUCACAGAUGGAAAGCUCCUUUGUGCCAAGAAACAAUAUAGAAGAGGCUGUUCUGCUGUUGUUGAUUCUACUAAGGAAAUUUGUUGCUGGAAGGAUUGAAUGGGACCCAUCAAUCCUUGAUCAUCUUUCUUUUGCCUUGUCCAUUUCAGGGAAAAUAAGGGCCCUAGCCCAUCAGAUUGAAGAAUUGAUUCCUGGAAUUAUGGGAAGACAAGAAAGAUAUUGCACCCUAGCACUCUGUUACUAUGGGGAAGGUGAUGACUUGGUUGCUUUGAAUCUUUUAAGGAAUGUUUUAAAUAAUCGAGAGAACACGGACUGCAUUCUGGAAUUAUUACUGGCUUCUAAGAUUUGCAGUGAGAAUUUGGUUUGCAUUGAUGAUGGGACCAAAUAUGCAUACAAAGCACUUGGACGGUUGGAUGGAAAAUGCAGUCAAAUGUUAAGUAUUGCAAAUUGCUUACUGGGUGUUUCCCUGUCGGUUAAAUCCAGAUCAGUCGCUUCUGAUUCUGAAAGGAUUUUGAAGCAGUCUGAAGCGUUACAAGCACUACAAACUGCUGAGAAAAUUAUGAGAGAGAGGAGUCCAUAUGUUGUAUUUCAUCUUUGUCUAGAACACGCUGACCAAAGGAAGUUAGAUUUUGCACUUUAUUAUGCAAAGCAGCUAUUAAAGCUUGAAGCUGGGUCCAGUACAAAAGCAUAUACUCUUUUGGCACGAAUAUUGUCAGCUCAAAAACGGUUCAUUGAUGCUGAGACUGUAAUCAAUGCUGCUCUAGAUCAGACAGGGAAGUGGGAUCAAGGAGAACUUCUGCGAACUAAAGCAAAACUCCAUAUUGCACAAGGCCAGCUGAAGAAUGCCAUAGAAACAUAUACCCAUCUUCUGGCUGUUCUUCAAGUUCGGACUAAGAACUUAGGUGCUGAAAAGAGGCUUCUAAAGAGUAGGAGCAAGAUUAAUAGAAGCUUGGAAAUGGAGACGUGGCAUGAUUUAGCUAAUUUAUACACAAGCUUGUCACAAUGGCGUGAUGCUGAGGUCUGUCUUUCAAAAUCCCAGGCUAUCAAUCCUCAUUCUGCUUCUAGAUGGCAUUCUACAGGUUUACUCUAUGAAGCUAAGGGUCUCCACCAAGAAGCUUUAGAAUCAUUCAGGAAGGCAUUAGAUGUUGAACCCACUCAUGUCCCAAGCUUGAUAUCCACUGCCUGUAUUCUCAGACAGUUUGGUGGGCAAUCAUUGCCAGUAGUCAGAAGCUUUCUCAUGGAUGCACUACGACUUGACAGAGGAAAUCCUUCUGCUUGGUACAAUCUCGGGCUGCUCUACAAAGCCGAUGCAGGGGCAUCAGCACUGGAAACUGCUGAGUGCUUUGAGGCGGCAGCUUUCCUUGAAGAACAUGCACCAAUUGAAUCCUUCCGAUGA